GCUCAGUGGACAAACAUGACCGCUGACGGAGGAGAGGUGGAGGUUUGGUUAAGCGGAGGAGUGGCGCGGAGGGGCGGAGCGGCUCGCCCCACCGGGCGGCGUCAGCAGAAGAAAACGGGACAGAGGAGCAAAGAGAGGCCGACGCAGGGAUUCUUUUCCCCGGGUGAUUGUACUGAGUUUCACCAGCGGUCUUCAGGUGUCAGUAUGUCGUCGAAGGUCAGCGCUGAGGAGAUGGAGGAGAUCAGGGAGGGCUUCCAGAAAGUGGAUCUGGAUGGUAAUGGGUACAUCACCGCCUCUGAACUCGGUGCCCUCUUCCGUGAGGUGCGCUGCCCUAUGGCUGGAUACCAGAUCAGAGAACUCCUUGAGAAGCUGGACCGAGACAAAGACAGCCGCAUCAGUUUGGAAGAGUUCACGUCUAUUUACCAGGAACUGAAGGGUGACCGCCUGGCCAAGGGUUUCAAGAAAGCUCUCAAUAAGAAAGAAGGCAUCGUAGCUAUCGGGGGCACCAGUGAGAUCUCUAGUGAAGGAACUCAACACUCAAUCUCUGAGCAGGAGCGUUUUGCCUUUGCCAACUAUAUCAACUCUUCUUUGGAGAAGGAUGCAGACUGUCAACAUGUUCUGCCCAUCAACCCCAACACUGAAGCUCUGUUUAAGGCAGUGGCAGACGGCAUCAUACUCUGUAAACUCAUCAACCUCUCUGUUCCUGACACCAUUGAUGAGAGAACUAUCAAUAAAAAGAAACUCACCGCUUUCACCACACAGGAGAAUCUUAACUUGGCUUUGAACUCCGCCUCAGCCAUCGGCUGCCAGGUUGUCAACAUUGGAGCUCAAGAUCUGAAGGAGGGAAAACCUCACCUGGUGCUUGGCCUCCUCUGGCAGAUUAUCAAGAUAGGACUGUUUGCUGAUAUACAGCUAAGCCGUAAUGAAGCUAUUGCAGCAUUGUUAGAGGAAGGAGAGAGUCUGGAAGAACUGAUGAAACUCAGUCCUGAGGAGCUGCUGCUGCGCUGGGCCAAUUUCCAUUUGAAGAAAGUGGGCAUGUCCAUAUCAAACUUCUCUGGAGACAUUAAGGACUCCAAGGCGUAUUUCCACCUACUGGAGCAGAUCGCUCCAGACGGCAGCAAAGAGGACGUUCCUCGGGUUGAUAUCGAUAUGACUGGUCUAUAUGAGAAGGAUCCUAAGAAGAGAGCUGAGGCUAUGCUCGUGCAGGCCGACCGCCUCGGCUGCCGACAGUUUGUAACUGCCUUUGAUGUUGUGAGUGGAAACGCAAAGCUCAACAUGGCCUUUGUCGCCACACUCUUCAACAAACACCCGGCUCUCACCAAACCAGAAAACCAAGACUGGAAUCUGGAGAGUGAGACCAGAGAGGAGAGAACUUUCAGGAACUGGAUGAACUCUCUCGGAGUCAGUCCACAUGUUCACCACAUCUACGGUGAUUUGCAGGAUGCCAUGGUGAUUCUCCAGCUAUAUGAAAAGAUUAAGGUGAAAGUGGACUGGGACAACAGAGUCAACCUCCCUCCAUUCAAAGGGAUCGGAGGAGGACAUUUAAAAAAAAUAGAAAACUGUAACUAUGCUGUGGAGCUGGGUAAAGGCAAAGCAAAUUUCUCUCUGGUGGGAAUCGGUGGACAGGACCUCUAUGAUGGAAAUGCAACUCUAACCCUGGCGCUGGUGUGGCAGCUGAUGAGGAGGUACACUUUAAAUGUUCUUGAAGACCUGGGACAUGGAGAAGUUGCAGGGGAUGAUUUGAUCAUUUCAUGGGUCAACAAGACUUUGGCUGAGGCUGGCAAGAGUUCAUCCAUCAAAAGCUUUAAGGACAAAUCAAUCAGUACCAGUGUUCCUGUUCUGGACCUGAUCAAUGCCAUCCAGCCCAACAGUGUCAACUUUGAGCUGGUUAAAACGGGAACACUGUCAGAUGAAGACAAACUGGACAACGCCAAGUACGCCAUUUCCAUGGCGAGGAAGAUCGGAGCAAAGGUCUAUGCCCUGCCUGAGGACCUGGUGGAGGUGAACCAAAAAAUGGUCAUGACCAUCUUCGCCUGUCUGAUGGGAAGAGGCAUGAAGAAGGCUUAAAGGAGAUGCACAACCACUCACACUCUGUCUCUCUCACACACAUACACACAUACUUACAGUCUGCCUGUCUGAAUGGGUGAGACAUGAAGAGAGUGAAUGUAGAUAUAUUGUCUUGUUCUUUUAAGUGAUAAUACUGCAUCAGCCAAAAUAGAAGUGCCACUUUAUUAUUCUGUGUUUAACUGUUACAAAGCAGAAAUGAACAUUUGUGUACAUUGAUACAAACAGCAGUGAUCCUCCAGGGGCUCAAAGGGAGUUACAAUUUUCUAAAUGACAGACAGCUUGCAGUAAAGUGGGACUUCUAUAACGGCUACAUAAAACAUAUCUGUUUUUUUCUGGAUCUCAGUUUGGUUUUGGGGCAGCACAGAGGCUAGGAGAUUAGAAGGGUCACGUUUAGAAAGACUCGACGUCCCAAAAUCCACAUAGAUAUGAAUAUAAGUGUGACUGUGUUUGUGUAGGCUGGUCAUUGGUCCAGGUUCUGUCCGGUGUAUGCUGGGAUAAAUAAAGGUUGUGUUUCUGUAAAUGUAAAUGCAAUGAUAUGUGGUAAACAUUUAAAGACAAUGUUCACUUAAAACUCUCAGCCGUGGUGAAACCAAAUAUUCAAGGUAGUGAUUUUUUUUAGUUUUUUCUCAGCAUUUCGUUCUUUUAAAUCUCUGAUGAGAUUUUACUGCAGUCUUACUUUUUCAUUCCUGCUUUUUCCCCAACUUACCUGUCAUUUUUUACAGCAUUGCCUCAAACUCUCUCGGGUGUCAACUGCCUCAAAGCUCUGGUGUAUCUUCCAAAGUGCCAGCGAGUUCACUGUAUGAGCAUUUAUUGUACUUAAGCCAUAAUAUUCUUUACUGAAUACCUUUUGGCCUUUUUUUAUAUGACCAAAGCUGUGCUAGAUUAUAGGCAGUUACUGUAAAACUAUACACCUUACUGUUUCUUAACCUCUUACUGAUGUAAUUAAAGUGUUAUGGAGAUGAUCUGAUGGAUGUAAUAUAUGUGUACCUUUUUAAGGCACAAAAUUAUGUAUUGUUAAUGGAUUAUCUUUAAAUGCAUUUUAAGGGGUAAAACCCCUUAUAUUAUUAUUAUUAUAUUAUUCUUUUUCAGUUGUAGUGAAAACUUCAUGCUAUUUGGUAAAUGCUUAAAGUGUGUGUUUUUAACCCUCAAAACUACACUAUUACAGUGUACAGAUAAUCCAUUUAAAAAGUCAUUAAAAUGAAAACGUGUUCAUUAAUUGAAUAUCUAAAUUUGGACCUUAAUUGAACAGCUCCUUUUACAGUUCUUUUAAGGUACAAAUUAUGGGUUACUUGUAAAAUUAAAAAUGUUGUCAUAUAUUACAAUCCAUUAAAAUAUCCAGCAUUCAACAACAAAUCUGGGAUUUUAACCCCUAAUGUAAACCAAAAGCCAACCUUCACAAUAACAAAAAAGUACAUAAGAAAAUAAGAAUGAAAACAAGAGUUUGUAUUUGUUGACCUAUCUCUGCUUGGAGACUUGGGUUUAUUCUCGAAAUUGUGGACAGUUAUCAUGUCAAAGCUGCUACUGCUAACAGAUAACCUCAGCAGUACAGAAUGUGAUGUAUGCCUGUAUUGUGUAACAAAUAAGAUGUCACCUCUAGUCAGUGCACUGUGUUUCCCUCUAUCAUCAAAACACUGUCUGGAUGCAAUUCUUAGACGAUUAAUUCAGGAACAGAGCAUCUGAAUCUAAUGACUCUACUAUUGCUGAUUAAACAGCCAUGAUUAAAAUAUGUUCAUUUUUUACCUUUUGAUUGUCACUUUGGGCAAAAAAUAUUGCUUUAUAUGCUAGCAAUACUCCCAAAAUUCAGUGUGUACAAUCAGAUCGAUGAUGUUGAAUAAAAGCAUUUUUCCAUA